GAGACUUCGACCAAUAGCAGUGCGUCUGCGCAGCUGGCAGCGCUCAGUGAGGGCGGGGCGAGGCGCCGCUCGGCAGCACAGCGGAAGAAAAUGGCGGCCGUGGCUGCAGAGCCAGGAGCUGCAGCUCCGACAACAACAACAACCGCGGCGACGGACGACGAGGGCCCCCCAGAACCGAGCCCGGUCGGCCCGGGACAGCCGGGAGCAUCGCCGGAGAGCGACGGGACACGGGAGCGCGGCCCUGCUGCGGAGGUGGCUGUACCCCGUGAGGAGGACGGGGGGGACGGGGAGCAGCACCGCCAUGUCAGGCCGGAGCUGCAGCCCGCGGCGGGAACAGACGAGCUGAUCAAUAACUUCCCGGGGGACCGGACCAGCACGGACCGGUUCUCUCCCGGGGUGCCGGGGGACCCAGAAGGCGGCGGGACUGUGUACCGUAGCAUCCUGGCGGACCCGCAGCCCUCCGCCGUAUUCCUACACUCCCUCCCGGCCGCCCCGCCCGUCCCAGAGGCCGGCCUGUCUCUGGCGGAACCGGCGGAACCGACGGACCGAGACCGGGGCUACACGGCUCUGGUCCAGCCGGAGCUGAUGCCCGGUCCCGCGGAGGACGCCAUGCCUGACGACCCGGACUCGGCGGGCUCAGAGGAGCCGCGGGAGUCCCCCCCCGGAGAGGGGGCCUCCCGGCCGGAGCCCGCAGGAACGGAACCCGGUCCCGCCUGUGUGCAGGAUCUGAGUCUCGGGUCCGAGGUCCGGGUCUGCCUGGAUCACGUCAUUGAUGACGCGCUGGUGGUGUCCUUCCGGCUGGGCGAGAAGGUGUUCUCAGGUGUGCUGAUGGACGUCACCAGGAGGUUCGGGCCGUACGGUAUUCCCAUCACAGUGUUUCCCAGACGGGACAACCGGAGUCUGCCUCAGAUGUCUCUUCAGUCGGACGCCAUCGACGACCCGUCCCUCAAACAGGAAGAGGUCACCAUCGGCCCUCCCCCCCCUCCUCACCCUUGGAUGUCCAAACCACCGCCGCUAUUCCAGGAGGGGGCUCCGUACCCCCCUCCUCUGUUCAUCAGGGACACCUACAACCAGGCCUUACCUCAGCCGCCGCCACGUAAGAUCAAACGGCCAAAGCGGCGCUACCGCUGCGAGGAACCCACCUCCAUCAUGAACGCCAUCAAGCUCCGCCCCCGCCAAGUGCUCUGUGACAAGUGCAAAGGUGUGGUAGCGUCAGGCGGGCACAGGGAGGCGCGGCGGGGCCCCGUGGAUCUAAGGGGCGAGGAGGCGUCCCGGCGGCGGAGGCCAGCCGACGGACCGAUCUCCUCUGAAGUCAAACGACUGAGGAGCGACGACAAGGGAGGGCGCGGCGCCGCCGACAGACGUGCGUCAUCAGGGAUACGCGUGUCAUCGACAUCAUCUUCUUCUUCAUCUCACCGUGUCCUGAGGGGCGUGGCUUCAUCUUCAUCCUCGUCGUCAUCCUCAUCCAGCCGCAUGCGUCUGAAGCUGAACUCCAAGAAGGUUCUGGCCAAAGGUUCUGCGGUGGAUCGCUCCAAAGCACGGCAGGUUCUGAAGAAGCUGGCGAGGAGCUCGCAGCCGCCGCCGCAUCGCCGACCCAAAGACCAGAGCCAGAACCAGAACCAGAACCAGAGCCAGGGCCAGAGCCAAGACCGCACCAAGGCUGUAACCCGAGCCGCCGCCCUGCAGAACCACAACCAGAAGGUCCACUUCACCCGCCGCCUGCAGCACCUCAGUGCGGCGGCCGUCGGCUUGAACACGGCGCUUCCUCCCAGAAUGCGCCUCAAACCUCAAAGGUAUCGUACUGAUGACAGCCAGGUGCCCUCCUCCUCCUCCUCCUCCUCCUCCUCUUCCUCUUCCUCCUCUUCCUCCCCGCCCAAACAGAGUGCUCGCACGUCGCCUCACAAACCUGCCUCAAGUCCCGCCUCCACAUUAAACACAGCCCAAGCCACGCCCCUUCCCCCCGCCACAACUCCCCCCCCUCUCCUACCGCCUCCCCCCUCCUGUGCAGCCAGUGUUGCCAUGGAAACUCAGGAGGUACAAUCCGCUGAGGAGGAGGGGGCGGAGCAGGAGGGGGGAGGAGGUAACGAGCAGGUAGUGGCACCUCCUCCCCCCCCCUCCUCCUCCUCCUGCUCCUCCUCCCUGGACUCCUCCCACUCACAGUGCAGCUCAACAGAGACCUUUGACCCCCCCCCUCCCGGAGACCCGCUCUCCUCCUCCUCUCUCCCCGCCCCCCCGCCCUCCUCUUCCACCUCAUUAGCACCUCUGUGUCCCUCCUCUUCCUCCCCUGUGACCCCUCCCCCCAGAGCCGACGGCGAGGAGCCUCAGGUCGGCCGCGAUGAGGAGGAAGAGGAGGGAGGUGAACUGAAGAGGCGUCGUAAGUCUUCCACGUCCUCGUCCUCCUCCUCGUCUUCGUCGUCGUCCUCCGUCUUCUCCAAGUCGGUGUCGAAGUGUUCGCUUCCUGAUGGUCGGACGGUGUGCGUCGGCGACAUCGUCUGGGCGAAGAUCUAUGGCUUCCCCUGGUGGCCGGCGCGCGUGCUCGGCAUCACGGUGGCGCGGCGCGGGGACACGGGGCUGGCGGUGCGGCAGGAGGCGCGUGUCUCCUGGUUCGGCUCGCCCACCACCUCCUUCCUGCCGCUCUCCCAGCUGUCGCCCUUCCUGGAGAGCUUCCAGUCGCGCUUCGACCGGAAGAGGAAGGGGCCGUACCGCCGCGCCAUCGCCGAGGCCGCCAGCGCCGCCAAGCAGCUGACACCUGAAGUCCGGGCGCUGCUCACGCAGUUCGAGACGUAGCAUCAGCUAACGCUACGCUUCCCUUCCUACCCCGCCCCCUACAGCUCGGCCACGCCCACUACAGGAAGGAGUCCGUCUGUCAGAGACUGAUACAGACAGACGGACCACAUUCACGUUUCUUUUUCCUGGAGGAGGCGGAGCUUCUGAGUUACCUGUCAGUGUUCAGCGCAGCAGGGGGCGGGGCUUCAGUUUCAGCAGGUGUUAGUCAGCGGCAGGUUUCGUCUCGUCCCGGCGUCCCAGCGUCUCUCUCAGUUCCUUAAAGGGUCAAACACCAAAUUUACAUCUCACAGGUUCACUGUCACUGUUAUGAUGUCAUAGUGAUGUCAUCAGCCGUGGAAAGUUUCCCAGAAAGCAGGUUUAGUGAAAACUCUGAGUUUGUUCAAUCUGAGACGAGAGACCAUGGCAACUUAAACUCUGGGUGAGUUACCAUGGUAACGGACUCUGCUGCCGGCAGCAGGUUAGCUUCACAGUUACCAUGGUAACCGUGAAGCUAACCUGCUGC